UCCGAACUGGACCUGUUUGCGCCCCGUUCCUGUUGUUAGCAUUUCUGCGCAUUUCUCAACACACUGACACUGACAUUGACGGUCGGUGGUUGACCAAGAUUCGAUCCAGUGGAGAUUUUUUGUUUCGUGAUUAUCGUUUGGCGCGGAAUUAACCGAAGCGAUGUGCGGCGGCGAAUGAGGCUGUCUUGUGGUAAUUUUUCUUUCCGCUGCUCCAGAGAUUCGCGUGAUAUCGCGGUUGGCCGCGUGGAUGCACCGAUAGAAGAUCACCAUCUUCGGUAGUGAUAGCGAAAAAGUGUUCCACGGGAUGCUGUUAGACGGUGACGGUGCUUUGCAACGGUUGUACGUUUUGCGAAUGAAAAUUUGAUUUUCGGGAUCAAUUAGUGUUGUCAGGUUUGAGAGGGAAGAAAGAUAAUUCGCUGUAGUGGCUUCGUGUUCGCAAAGCGUGAGUUGUACUUUGCUGCCCUUUUGCGAUAGCCGGGAGGCAUCAAUCAGUUGGUUGACCCAAAUUUGUCCAUCGAAGCGUGCGACCUACAGUGUCAAGAAGUGAAGGAGGUGAUUGAUGAUCUGCGUAUGCAGGGAAAAGGAAUAAUUCGUGGUCACGAAGGAGGUGAAGAUCGACAUUGAAAGUGAUUUUUUUUUAAAUUGGGAGUGAUUAAGUUCGAGAGUAUGAGCAUCCACAGUAUUCUGUUCAAGAUGGAUAACAUCAAGCGCUUGAUGGGGUUUGGAGACGGUCGUAGAUGGUUUUUCGCUGGAGGAGGAUCACCCAUAUUAUUGUUGUAUGGUGUUUUGAUGAUCAUGGCGCUAACUUCUGCUGAAGGAUAUAGCGUCCAGAAAAGAGAAACCAGCAGUUGCUAUUAUAAUGGAACCCACUUCAUGGAGGGUUCGAUAGUUCCAACAAAAGAACCGUGUCUGAUGUGCAAGUGCCAAAGCAAAACGCUGAUAUGCGCGCUCAAGGUUUGCCCGGAACAACCCAUCCCACCACCGCGCGGGUGUAUACUAGUCCAUAGAAGUGGCGCCUGUUGCCCUUAUCUGCAGUGCUCGAAGCUUCACUUGUCCACCAAAAACAGUGGCGACCGAAAGAAAAUCCACUUUCUGGACUACUACGAGAAAGAAGCCGAAGAACGCCUUUCGAAUCCAAAUUCCUAUCUACGACGGUCGGAUGAUGAUGACAUUGAGGAAAACGGAGCAUGCAUCGUCAACGGUACAGUUUAUAAAUCCGGCUCAGCCAUGAGUUCAUCUUCUCUAUGCUCGUACUGCUAUUGCAUCAAUGGACAUCAGAAGUGUGUUAAGCCCAGAUGUGCCCUCCCCAACCCUCGAUGUGCGCCCAUAUUUGUCGAUUCAGCUUGCUGCCCAAUCCGAUACGAUUGUACAGGCAAGACGCCUGUUAAGGACGUUGUAUCCACCGAAUCGCCGAAUCAAAUCCGCAGAAUUAACAACCGCCACUAUCUGCGAACGGUUGAACGCAAAGGAGACAAAAACAUUGGAUGCACGGUUGAUGGCAGAUCUUACCCUGAGGGAGAACGCAUCAGCAGCCAGGAUCCUUGUCAAAUGUGUUAUUGUAUUCGUGGGGUGCCGAAAUGUACUCCUAAGAAGUGUGCUCCGGCCAUAAAGGGUUGUACGCCACGCGUACCUCGAGGGGAAUGUUGUGCAGUGCGGUAUGAUUGUAGUAAGUUUUUGGCAGGAUCUCCAGUAUUUUUCAGUUCAGUUGAUAGCUCUACUCUCGUUUUAGAAAUAGUUGACCAUAAGCGACACAGUUCCCGUAAGAUUGAAGAGGAAGAAGAAUCGUUUGAUUUCUUUUCCAUAUUGUUUGGCCCCGAUCCGGAUGAACCGAAACCAGAAGCGAAAAACGCAACCGAGUUGGUAGUGACUGAAGCCCCACCCGUCAGUUCAACAUCUGAGAAAAGUUUUUUUGAUUUCUUAAAAGCUGGUUUAGAGUUCAUUGAUAGUAAUUCCGAUGAUUUGCUAGAAGGACCACUGAACUCAAGCUCUACAGAGAUGAUUCCAGUUACGGAGAGUGCAACUGAAGUUAAUACAGUGCGAGUGGAAAUUGUUAGAGAGCCUCAGACUGUCUACAUAUCGAAGCCGGACUUCAAUUUUCCAGUGCGAACAAGAAUUAGUUCAACGCGAGGUUCAACACCAAGCACUACAACAUCAACAGCGAAAACCAGUUCGACACCUACAACGACGACAGCAGCAACGUCUACUACCUCUAUGACAACGAAAGCAGAAAAAACUACACCAAUUAUAACGACAACCGUUUCUAGCACGAGUCAAACAACAACCGUUUCUAGCACAAGUCCAACAACAACCGUUUCUAGCACAAGUCCAACGACAACACUUGUUCCAUCUACAACUUCAGUUUUAACAACCCCUCCAGCUACAGUCAUGCCUACGGUCGAAACAAUCACAUUAUUAGGCCAGCAUAAAAGUAACUUAACGAUACCUAUAGCUAUUGACCUAACCAAAGCCGCACCCGAGUUCCAAGAUUUGGAGUCCGAUUCUUUAUUGAAGGAAAAUAUCACCGAUGUGUCUAAUUCACUUGUCGAUCUUGAAUCAUCUGAAGAGUAUUCUGACUUCGAGAGCGAAGAGACAUCAACAAUUAAAAACUUGGAUGUAGAAACAAUUUCCUCCACAACUGAAACCACCGAUGGAUCAUCAUCGGAAGUACCUUUAGUGACAGAAAGCACAACAACGACUUCUGCUCCCAUCGAUGUGGUUAUCAAAAUAGACGAUGCAGUUAGCAGCUCGGCCGUUGAAUCCAUCAUUAAUUCAUUGAAUGCUAAAAUUGAAAUAGUUGAACCGAUUCCGGUGACUACAACAAUUGCCACCAAGCGUCCUAACAAUAAGUUUGUUGGUUUUGAGGUGGAGAAGACUCCUAGUACAACAGUUCCUACAACAAUAGUUUCAUCAACGCUACCAUCGUCUACCGAAGAAGCCACAACGGAAAUCAAUGAUAUCACGACAGAAGGUGCCUCUCAAGAGGCGACAACUACAGAAGUAGCAGAAGGUGGAUAUGAAACAACGGAAGGCUCAACAGUGGAUUACAGAAGCGAUGAAAUGUUGGUUGAAGACAUGUUUACCACGGAGUUGUUCACUGAUCGAACUACAACCGAACCAAGUGAAGAAUAUACAACGGAAACUACGAUUGACUCGUUUGAAGUAACAUCCACCAUAGGGACCACUACGUUUGUCGACGAGGAUAAAAUGGAAUUCAAGAGUGAAAGCGAAACUGAGAUACCGGUUACAGAGCAGAGUCCUCUCACAACGACAAAAGCGCCGGUGGCUACGACAACGCAAAAAAUCAAGACAACUUCACAAAAAAACACAACCAAACCUCUUGUCACGAAAGAGAACAAUCUAUUAUCCGUUUUGCUGACGGAACUAUCUAAUAUUUUCGAUUCAACGCGAAACGAUUCUGGAAAGCAGAAUGCUAAAAACAAGACUGAAUUUCGACCGGUGACUCCGAAACCCAUUCCGAUUGGAGAGUUUCAUCGCCCCAGCAGUAUACCAUCGAUUCUCGAGUCUGACAUAGAUCUAGAUUACAGCGAGCCGACGCUACCACCCAGCUUACCGAACUUGAAAAUUAUUCCAUUCCUCCCUGCUGACGCAGUUAAGAAAAAUGAAGCUCCAAUUCCGCUGGCUGCUCCAUACGAUUUCUACAAACCUAAACCAACCAACUACCCGAUCAUCACCGAAAAUUAUGAGUCGUACAGUGUAUUGAAAGAUCAUGAAAUUCAUCCAGGAAGACCGUUUAAGCCUCCCAAAUACGACUACAGCUACGACCAAUCGUUGGCUUAUCCGGCUUUAACCGAAAGGUACGAUUUGGAUGGCAAGAGCAAUCACUACAACACGAAGAUCAUCCGGGACAAGUAUGACUCGAUUGCCGACGGUGAAUACGAGUACGAUACUGAUGCGCUAGCGAAGUACGACAUUCCAGCGAAGAAGGAACUGUUCAAGAAUGAGCUGAAAAAGUUCAUCCCAACCAAGUAUGAGGUGCCACAGGAGGGAACGUACGUCCCGGUGUACGACAAGUACGGUGUGGGAUAUCCCGAGAAAAAUGUAUACUAUUCGAAUCACAAAGAAACGUACGAACCGGUGGUCUACAAACCAAAGCUGGAGAUCAAUACGGGGAUACCGUUGCUCCGGCUAGAGGAGAAAACGGUUUCGGGCAGCAGUAGUGGGUUUUCACCACCGACGAAAACUGAAGGUGGAUUUCUCCCAAAGGACCAUAUCAAGGACGACUUCUACUACGAACCGUAUGUGACCACUGCUUUCCCGAUGGAUAAAACGACGGAGGACUUCGUAGUGAAGAAAACUCUUAACACCACUGCCAUGACGUUUGGAGCAACCCUAGCGAACCCCUUCAUCAAUGCCAUCCAUCCGGAACCUGCCCCACCGCUGAUUAGCUUGAUCGAAGACAAAGAGAAACUGUUCUCUGUGUACCAUACGGUGGCCAAGAACAACCACACUACGUUGGACGACUUGCUGGAUACGGAUACAGUCGACAGUUCCGAGUACGACAAGCAAAUUAUCUCGAUCACAACCGAUGCCAACUACCUGUCGACGAUGGGCAACUCCGUGGAAGAAGUGGAUAUGGUUUCGGGCAUCGAAGGGGCAUCGGCUCUUCCUCUACGGAGUGUUAUGAACGACUACACAGCGGUUCCAGUGGAAAUGGAAUCCACUCAAAUGGUGCAUAAUUCUACCGAACCGGAACCGAACGGUAUGUUCAGUUUGGAGCACGUGUUGAACUAUCUGUUCCGCGAAGAGGAACCCCAAAAUGACAACGGAGUCAGGAACACAACGUCCACAACACCAGGGAUGAUGGAUGGAGUUCCCCCAUUCAAGACAAUUCCGACUCAUUUGGGAAGCGUUUACAGUCCGCCUACCAGUAUCGAAGCCUCCCUAGGAGAAGUACAACAUCACGAGGAAGACGACGAACAGCAUGACGGAACAGUGACACUGAAAAUAGAAAACGUUCAAAAUGGAACCGAGGAUCUUUAUCGACCCUCGUUGAUGGAUCUUCCGUUCUUAAAUCCGAAUUUCCACUCUCCAAGUGGAACUGAAGCACAGGAUGGUGCCGAGCUGAAGAACGACAUCGAUCGGUUCGGCUAUGAUCCGGACGUUGAGCACUACCAAGUGAUAUCGGAUGGACCUCCGAACACGAUACCCAAUACCGAGAACUACGUGGUCAACCCAGUGGAUAUCAACAAGCUGAAGCAGCACCACUCCGAGGGAACGGCGGAAAUUACGAUGAAGUCGAAGGUGUACAGCUUAAAGGAUACCGUUGGUAUUCUGAAACUGGCCGGAUGUAACAUCUACGGUCGGAUGUACAGGGUUGGUAGGAUAAUUUCCGAACUGUCCGGACCAUGUCUGGAGUGUAAAUGUACCGAUGUGGGAGUACACUGUACGCCAUUGAACUGUUAAACGGGGUGGAUGAGUGAAUUGUUGGAUGUAUGAGUGUGCGUAUGCUGGUAUGAGUUUUUGUGAUUAUCGUGAUAUUAUCGUAGUUUUUUAAGUUAUUCCGUAAAUCUCAACGAAUGUAGAUCAUCGACAAGAGAUACGAGUUGAUUGCAUAGAGCGAACGUGACACUAACCGUACUUAAAUUAUAGUAGAACUAUUAAUAAGCUUAUGCAAGCUUUAGGAUAAGUAUUGACGAAAUGAUUCGUUCUGAGUCAAAUUUUGUAGAAUGUAAUUAGCGGAAAUAUCAACCAGAUUUAAAAUAGCCAACUGUCUUAGUUUUUGGAUUGCACUUGUGUACCCAGUCGAAAAAAAGAUGGAGAUUAUUGCCAUUUAAAUUUAAAAUAAACAAAUUCAAAAUUAAGAAAUAGAUCAAACAUUAUGCAAGACAGAAGUGCCUCAUGACUCACGAAUAAACCAUCAAGCUCUGGAAGGGUUUCUCUAUAAAUGAGAACAGGCUAACCACGAGCUUCAUAAACUAAUCAAUUCCGAAUUUGCUUCAAUUUAGGGAUAUUUUCUUUUUAAGAUUCUUAGCCGGCUUAAGUGAAAUAAAUAAUUACUGUGUAAGUGAAACGACUCGAAACCAGUUAAAUAAAGCUUUCAAAUAUU